GAAGUAAGUGCAGACAGGCCCAUGGAAAAUUCCAGCUGAAUUCAGCCUGGGCGAUCCUUUUUUUGUCUUUCUUCCCCUAAGCAUUUUUACUAAAAAAAGAGAGACGGUUACAAAGCACAGAACAGGAGAUGGCAUUCGCGAUGCAGGAUCAGUGAGCACUAGUGGAACUGCAUUCACCAGAUAGGUUAUAAGCAGUUGCCACCUCUUUUCACCAUUUAUAUUGUAUAUAUGCUGCCACCUUCUUUCUGUAAAACUGCUUAAGGCUGGAUCCUGAUUUGCUAACCCUAAGAUAUGCUCCCUACCCCCAAAACGCUUCUGUCUUUGUUAGUAUUUACUUAAUAUGAAUAAGAGAAUCUCUUCUGGCCUGGAUUUUAGAGGGUUUUAGAAAUACUUCUGGCAUUAUAUCCCUUCCCUUUUCCUCUCCCUCUGUCACUUUCCAUCUCCUCUAAAUCCAACCAUGUUAGUACCUCAAACAUUGCAGAGAGGGAGAAUAAACCCCAACACGCUUAGAAACCGCUAAAAAUAGUUUUGUUGCUCAGAUCCUUAUCAGAGGUCAUUGAAAAUACGUGUCUUUCCAAAUGUUUAAUACAGUGGAAUUUCACUAUUCCAGAACCGGUCAAUCCGGGUGACUCAGCUAGCCAAUUUCUGGCUGGCGCCUUUGUUGUUUUUGUUGCUGAUGUAAGAGUCUUGGGUUUCAUAUGUACUCUUUUAAAGUUAUUUCUUUUAGUUUGUCUUGUGCUAAGAUAAUUGUUUUUAGAGAGAAGCUCAAAAGUUUAUCUGAAAAGUAUAGGCUGCAGUAGUCUGGGUAACAAAGCGAUGUGGAGAUGUUGGAAGUAAUGCCUUUCUAGAGUGUGGCUUCGUACCGUGAUUUUGGAGGGUUUUAUUUCAGAAAGUCCAUUUGGAGAACACUCUUGAGUUUCUCCCCAAAAUGACACUCUAGUCACACUCAGCUUUGCAGCCAGCUGAAUUCUGUUCAGCCUUUCUUAUGUGCUUUGACCUGCUGGUUAGGAUUCUGAGAUGACAAGUGAAGGAGAAGUGGCCUUGCUUCCUAAUUUUAUUUACCUCAUUUAUUCACAUUUCAUUAAUAUUUAGAGGGCCUUUUUUUACUGAUCAUUUGAGAUGGAGAUUCUGUUUGUUAAAGGAACUCAGGCUUGUGUCCUCAAGAGACGUUAGCUGCCAGGACUAGAAGCUCCCUUUGGAGCUCAACUAAAUGAUCUAAUCAAAUCUAAAUGAUCCUUCUUGUAAUACACAGUUUUCACUUUCUUACAGAAAUACAGGGGUAUUUUUUUCCCCUAUUUUUUACCACUUCCUCUUUCAGGACAGAAUGCUGCUGUUUGGUGGCAGCCUUGGGAUUUUGUUAGGUAGAUUCCCAUAUUUGCCAUUGGAAGUUUUUGCAGCAAAAUUCACUGCAAAAGAAAUGGAAAAAAUCAUGCUUUUUUUGUGUAGUUCUUUGAAAACAGCCACAUGUACUUGGCCUGAACUUAACUUCUAAUGCAGAGGAGAAAAGUUUUGAGCCAGAUCCGCAAACUGAUCCAAUUUGCCACAUCGCUGUGUGAGCACCAGUGUCAGCAUGAAGUGAGGGGGAGGACAGGACGAGCCUUUUGGAAUCACCGUAGCCUUACAUUGCUCACACCAGUUGUGAGAUGGUGGUUUCUAAAAAACAAGAGUGAAAUAAUGAAUCUAGUGUGUUCUAUGGACAGGGUAAACUGAUGGUGUAGUGAGUAAGUGUCUUGUGUUGCCACAGCUUGUUUUGUUGAGUUUAUGUUGCAAAGGAAUAAACUACCAAAAUUCUUAGAGGUGUAGUAAUUUUUUCUAUGAACAAGAACUUUGCCGGUGAUUCACUGCUCACAGCCAGCUCUGUUACCCAUAGGAGGUUCAUCUGGAUUGCAGAUUAAUCGUACUGCAAAUACUUUGGUAGUCUCUGAUGCUCUCUGUUAUCUCAGACACAGCAUCUUUUCCACGUAGGGGUGCUGGCAUUCCAGAAUGCGGCAGACAAGAAAAAGCAGGUUUGGUCAGAUUUACCCAGUGAGUUGUGCUAGACCAAGAGGUGCCACCAGGUGGGACCUUGUAUCCUGUGAAAGUCAGCACUUGUUUUUCCAAUGAACCGCAGAUAGUUCAUGUUCUCUUUUGCUUUCAGCUUGUCCAAGCUGCAACUGAAGACUGGAGACUUAGACCCGCGUUUGUUUUCCCGUCUGAGGCAUCUGCAGAAACUAGACCUCUCUGAUAAUUUACUGGACAAAUUUCCCAACAGUCUUACCCUGCCUGAUCUGCGUGUCCUAAACUGCAACAACAACAAACUGGAAGAUGUAACUGCUCUGAAACAGUUCCCUCUGCUCGAGGAGCUAACCUAUGAGAACAAUGUCUACUUGACACUCAACGAUGACUAUAAAGUAAUGUUUCUUUUGCAAAAUCUUCGGCUGCUCAAUGGCAAGGAUAUAACCAAACUGGCUAAUCAUGUGAGGCGCGUCAACAGUCGUAAGCUCACCAGCAAGGUUACUGCUCACUGGGAAAAAUUCUUCCGUGACCAACUUCCUGAGAAAUACACAACUGAGCAAGUCAAGUCCAUCAAGAAAAAGUUCCUAAAGUCAGUACAAACCAAUGUAGUAUAUGGACCCAGCUCACUCAGUGAAUUCACCCGCUGGCGGGUGAAAAUGAUUGCAGAAGAGUUUCUGGCAUGCUCACUGGGUCUGGAGUUAAGCACAGAUCCUGAACCGGAGGAAAAGAUGGAUGAGAGCGAGGAAGAAAGUACAGAAAGCCCCAGGGAAGCUGCAGAGGAUGUGGAUCAGGUCACAGUAAUGCCCAGCAAGAGGAAAAGAAAUCAUUCAAAAACCAGCUCUGGAAACAAGAGGUCCAAGUCCCGGGCAAAUGCUGAGGAGGAGACUGUAGUUAAUUCCAGAAAGUCCAGUCAUGUGCAGGAUGACCCAGCUCCUGACAAUCCAAGAACAUUGAACCAGCCAGCCAAAGAGGCAACCUCUGAGCAGGGACCUGAAGGGCCACAAAAGAAUGGAGAACAGUUUCCCAGGGGGCAAAGCAACAGAAGAUCCAGCCAGCUGACAGGGGAACAGAAAAACCAGGAGCAGGACAAUGGAGUUGUUAGCUUGACCCCAGUGAAGAACUCCAAGGGCAAGGAGGAUGUCAGUGCAGAGCCAUUGCAUUUUCUUCAGUGUCACAGUAAAGGCAACAGCCGCGAGGAUUUUAAAACGCAGCUCUGGUCCUGUGUCUUCGAGCCAUUGCUAGACUGUGGAGCCAGGAAAGAUCCCAUUGUGAGCUCCUCCAGAACCGUGGCAACAUGUGGAGGAGAAUCCGUCUGCCUGAUUGACUGUGAGACGGGGACGGUGCUGAAAAAGUACAAGGUGGCUACAGAGGAGUUUUUCAGUGUUGCAUGGACAACCCUCACAAUGGUAAUCAGCGACAGUCGGAAAAAAUCUCAUAAUAUCUUGGCGGCUGCUGGGAGGAGAGGGAUCGUCAAACUGAUUCAUGUGGCAGCUGACUUCUGCUACGGAGAGAUAAAGGCUCAUAAAAAGCCCAUUGCUACUGUCUGCUUCAGCCCAACUCAAGAAACUCACCUCUUCACUGCAUCCUAUGACAAGCGAAUUGCACUCUGGGAUAUCGGGAUUCCAGACUGUGACUACAAUUUCAAAGCAAGCCAGCUGCUGGUGCUGGAAGCACUCUCCAUUCCCUUACGGAUUGCCCUGGUCCCCACCUCCCCAGAUCAGUACCUGCUGGCUGGCUGUGAAGGUGGCUGCUUUGCCUGGAACAUAAAACUGGAUAAGGAGCAAAAAAGCAGGCCUUUUGAAGCCACAUUCCAGUUUCCUGAUGAGGACGGAAGCAUGACAACAUCUCACAGGGUUGAUGGUUUGGCUUUUCUGAACGAUGAUGUCGUUGUUUCCAAGAGCUCUAAACCAGGAUGCAUAUACUUAUGGAGCUGGAGUCGCUCUUUUGACGCAAAGGGGAAAGGAUACCAGCGAACGGUCUCUGCAGUUAUUCUAGCCGAGCUCGAGUGGUCCACGACAGACCUGUCCUACCUGACGCUCAGCACCUGCCCAGCAAAAGACUACGUGUUCUGUGGGGACGAGAAGGGAAGCGUGUGGUUGUACCACCUCUCAAACUACACCACAGCGUGGAGCUCUGCAAAGGGAAAACGCUCAGACAGGCGCAUCCCUCCCACGCAGAUUCUCAAGUGGCCAGAGCUUCGAGCAAACGGGGAGCAGCUGACUGAAGUCCUAAUAAACAAUGUGGUGGCAGACCCUACUUUUACUUACCUUGUCGUUCUAACUAGCGUGAACAUAACAGCGAUUUGGAAGAAGUCAUAAGUCCUUGUAACAGAGUUUCAUUCCCGUGCUUUGAACUAGUGCAGUAUUAGUGACUGUUACCCAUGUAACCAUCAAGUUUUCUAGA